AGAACGGAGGACGACCUGCUCAAGUAGCAAACUCAAUUGGGCUCUGCUACACACACUUGAAACCCUAGUAAAACGAAAAUGGCAAGCAGAUACAUAUUCACGUUAACCCUAAUUUAUCUUCUUCCAUUCAUUAUCAUCUCAUCACCUUUAGAUGAUCCCAGAGAUCAACGCGUCUUAGUAUUGCUCGAUGACUUGGCUCUCAAGUCCUCGCACUCGAUCUUUUUUAAUUCUCUUUUGAAACGUGGGAUUCACCUUGAUUUUAAGCUUGCUGAUGAUCCAAAUAUUCUUCUCAAAACAUAUGGCCAGUAUUUAUAUGACGCGCUUAUUCUUUUUGCUCCUGCCACUGAACGUCUUGGAGGGUCGUUAAAUUUGGCGGCUAUUUUGGAAUUUAUCGAUUCCGAUCGUGACUUGAUUGUGGCUGCUGAUGAGAAUGCCUCUGAUUUGAUCCGAAACAUUGGAAUUGAGUGUGGUGUUUUGUUUGACGAGGACCCUUCUACCAUGGUUAUUGAUCACCUGAGCUACGCAGUGGUAGGAAAUGAAGGAGAUCAUACGUUGAUCGCCUCAGAUGAACUUAUACAAUCUGAUGUUAUACUGGGAAGCAGAGGAACUGGGGCUCCUGUACUUUUCAAAGGAAUUGGACAUUCGUCACAUCCAGCCAAUAGUUACGUCUUGAAGGUUCUUUCAGGUUCUCCAUCAGCAUAUUCUGCCAAUCCCGCAUCUGAAUUGUCAAGUGCACCCACCCUUACUGGAACUGAUAUCUCAUUAGUUUCAGUUGUGCAGGCUAGAAAUAAUGCAAGGAUUCUGUUAUCUGGUUCACUGGAUUUGUUUAGUGACCGAUUGUUCAAAUCAAGUGUGCAGAAGGCUGGAAGCUUAAGCAAAUACGAAAAGUCUGGCAAUGAAGAAUUUGUCACUGAACUGAGCAAAUGGGUGUUCCAUGAAAAAGGUCACUUGAAGGCUAUGAAUGUCAGGCACCACAAAGUUGGAGAAACAGCGAAACCUGAGAGUUACAGAAUCAAGGAUGAUCUGGAAUACUCCAUUGAGAUAUAUGAAUGGUCUGGAGCAAGCUGGGAACCAUAUAUUGCUAAUGAUGUUCAACUUCAGUUUUACAUGAUGAGCCCUUAUGUUUUGCGUACCUUAACAACCGAUCAAAAGGGUCUCUAUUAUACUUCAUUUAAGGUGCCAGAUGUUUAUGGAGUUUUCCAGUUCAAGAUUGAGUACAACAAGAUUGGAUACACCAGUUUAUCAGUUUCGAAACAGAUUCCAGUUCGACCUUUCAGACACAAUGAAUAUGAAAGAUUUUUAACAACAGCCUUCCCUUAUUAUGGAGCUUCAUUCACUACGAUGGUGGCUUUCUUUCUUUUUAGCAUCAUAUACCUUUAUAACAAGUGAAAUAAUUCUACGACACACACAAGUUCAGCUUAUGGAAUCUUAUUCGGAGGUCUACAUGUUCAUCUGCAAACUUUUUUCAGGAAAAUUUUUAAGGUGAUGUUCUUUUUUCUGUCUCCAUUUCGUUGGAGCAAACUUCCACAAAUCACAAUUCUUCUUUGCUUUGUUUAAGGUGUGGCCUGUCUUUUUGGCUUUAAUAAAAGUUUAUCUUGAUCUUUCA